UGUUCUUACUCCUUUAAGAGUGUCGAUCGAUAGAAUUGCCAUCACAGAGCACAAGUGUGGUAAAGGAAACAUUUUCUAAGAUGUCAGAAGGAACCUACGAAUGUGAAGGGAAUGUAACUAGCACGAAUAUUGAUUGCCCAAUAUAUGGCAAUGAAGGAGUUGACAAGCCCAAACCAUGUGAAGUCGUCAUUCAACAUUCAGAUGGCAUCAUUGGCCGUCAAUACUUCACAGAAAGAAACAAACUACAGAUCAGCAAUAAGAACCUGACUGAAGAGAGAGACCAACUACAGGCUAGUUAUAAAACACGCACUGAAGAGAGAGACAAACUACAGAGAGACAUAGACAUCUUCCAGAGGUUAUUGGUGAAAUCUCCAAAUGGAUCGAAAGUGUUUGGUAACAGCAUCUAUUACGUCUCCACUGAGAAAAAUGACUGGGAAUAUGCCAACCUGGACUGUCUGAAGAGAGGGGCACAGCUAGUCAUCAUAAACAACCAAGAGGAACAGAAAUUCCUCAUUACAUUAAACAUACGUUCUUGGAUCGGUCUGACUGACCGUGAGACUGAGGGGACCUGGAAAUGGGUGGACGACACACCUCUGACUACAGCGACCACGGUGGGAAGCAGCGGCUGGUGGCGUACUACUCCAGGCGUUUGGAUCUAGUCUCUCGGGCUCUGGUCUGCUGCCUACGGGCAGUUGCCGUAGCUACUGAAGCUGUUCUGUCUCAUGCAUACAUUGUUGCCAAGUGCCCUAUCACUGUUCAUGUUCAACAUGCUGUUCAUUCUCUCAUUUCACAGGCUAAGACAGCACUAUUAGAUGAUGAUGGUCACCCUCAUGACUGUGCUGCCAUGUAGGAAGACCCCUUUUGAUUUCCACGACAAAGACAAGGGAAUAGUUCAAUAUGAGCCACUGUCCAUUCCCACAGACAUCAUUUAGGCGGGGUCUUUGUGACUGUUGAAA